CGUGCAGAGUAUGGACCAGGAAAAACAAGGAGCCGAGGGGUCCAAGCCAAUCACCGUGAUCGGAUUUGAGGGCAGUGCGAACAAGUUGGGCAUCGGAAUCAUUCGGGAUGGAGAGGUGUUAUCCAACCCCAGACACACCUACAUCACUCCUCCUGGGGAAGGGUUCCUGCCCAGAGACACGGCCAAACAUCACCAGGCCCACAUCCUGGAUGUGUUACAGCAGGCUCUGGACAUAGCCAAGGUCUCACCUCAGGACAUCGACUGUGUGGCAUAUACAAAAGGUCCAGGAAUGGGAGCUCCCCUAGUCUCAACAGCUGUAGUGGCGAGGACUGUGGCACAGCUGUGGAACAAACCAUUACUGGGGGUGAACCACUGCAUAGGGCACAUUGAGAUGGGGCGACGAGUCACAGGUGCAGUGAAUCCAGUUGUCCUGUACGUGAGUGGAGGAAACACCCAGGUCAUCGCCUAUCAGCUGAAGAAAUACCGGAUCUUUGGGGAGACCAUCGACAUUGCCGUGGGCAACUGUCUGGACAGAUUUGCAAGAGUUCUCAAGAUCUCCAAUGACCCCAGCCCAGGGUACAACAUAGAACAGAUGGCCAAGAAGGGGGAAAAGCUUAUCGACCUUCCGUAUGGUGUAAAAGGCAUGGAUGUAUCGUUCUCCGGGAUCCUGUCGUACAUCGAGGACGCGGCACAGUCGCUGCUAGACUCCAAACAGGCCACACCAGAGGACCUGUGCUUCUCAUUGCAGGAAACCGUGUUUGCGAUGCUGGUUGAGAUUACGGAGCGAGCGAUGGCCCACUGUGGUUCAGAGGAGGUCCUGAUCGUGGGAGGGGUGGGGUGUAACGAGAGACUACAGGAGAUGAUGGGCAUCAUGGCCGCCGAGAGGGGAGCCAAAGUGUUCGCCACUGAUGAGAGAUACUGUAUUGAUAACGGAGCCAUGAUUGCCCAGGCAGGGUGGGAGAUGUUCCGUACUGGUCACGUCACAGCCCUGGCCGACUCCUGGUGUACGCAGAGAUUUCGUACUGAUGAGGUGGAAGUCACGUGGAGAGACGACUAACCGCGGGAACCUAUUUAACAACUGCGCUACUUUAAAUGCUGUGUCUUCCUAUCAUAUAAGACAUCUUAGGUUUUUCUUUCUAGACAAAAUGAGAUGUACACAUGUAUAAGCAUACUUAAGUCAGUGUAUGAAUCAUGUAUGAAUAAAUUUGAUACUUCAUAAUUUUCAACAUUGUUUUUCAAGUUUUUUUUUCAAGAAAUUCUAUCAUGAAUAUUUUUUCAUCAUACAUGUACUACAUGACAUAUACUGGAAACUAGAUGUGAUAUAAUGGCUGAAUAUUUGAAAUCCACUUUUGGAGUCAAUGACUGUAGUCCUCUUAAACAAUAAAAUAGCAUCACUGUCAAUCUACAUGUAUGGCAGUUGUAUAAAGAGACAGAUACAGGUAUAAUAUAGGCCAAAAUGGCACAGCAUAUUUUAUUGUCUCACACAAGACUCUUAGCCCACAGUAACAAUCAUCAUACAAGUUCAAGUACUGUGUACAUACAGGUCAACACACUUACAUCAUAAUAGUACUUGUCUGUAACCAUUAUCUUAGAUUUUCAAGUACACAUAUUAGUACACAUCAAAAUGUCAUUCGUUACAGUGGGAAAAUACAAACUUAAUGCUUAGUACUUAGAGUUCUUUUCAAAUCAUUUUUUAUCAAGUACAUGCACAGUGGUAAAAAUAUCACAGACGUCAUGUCUGAGACAAGUACAGGACAUACAAAUAUCUGUAAGGAAGGAAGACGAUGUUUGAAAUGCUCCCUUCAUUUGGUUUCAUUAGUCUUACAAACUAGUAUUUGAGGUAACACAGUUAUAAAUGCUUUAUUGCUUUCAUUCGGCAAGUGGCUUUUGACAAACACACAUACAAACUGUGCUCUGAUGAGAUCACUCCAUACUACUGUGUUGUACAUUGCUGUCUUUUCACAAUACAAAAUACAUUAAAGUUCAUAUCUAUAUGGUCAGAUUUAUAAAUAAGACACUUAUUAAACUAUAGUUGACCUCUUCGGCAUAUCUAUCCAUACUGUUGGGGUCAAGAUUUAGUCUAAUUCAGCUACACCAAAAAAGAUUUUUACACUCUUUUUACAUAACACUGCCCAUUCCUGUGCCCUUUUGUAUUGGUUCCAGCAUGACUUACAUGUAGUAGCAUAAGAAAUGAUAGCUUAUGUAUUUAUCACACAUUUUUGUUACCUUUAAAACAGACGAAAACUCAUCACAUUGAUUAUCUAAAGUUUCAGGCUUGUCAUACAGGAUACUGGUAUGUUUGCUUUAGCUAUAACCAAAAUACUGGACAACUCCACAUGUUCUACAUGGCCAAAUCAGUACCUAGUCUCCAGCUACUUCGGCUACAAAGCUAAGAAUCUUACAGACCUUGGCAGCUUUUGACUAGGCACAAAAACAUUAAGCACCAAUUACGAGAAUCAUAUGAUAAAAAAUACAGAAGCAGCACAGCAUCUAGAUCAUAUUUUUGAUAUCAGAGACUCAGAGCAACUACAAAUUU